AUGGAGUCCAAGCCGGAGACCUCGGCCGAAAUCCCUUGCUUCCUUGCCGCAUCCCAAAUCUUCAUGAUCCAUGGCCGCGGCGCGUACGAAGCUUGGAUGGUGCGGCGACCUGAUAAUACCCAUCUUCAACUAGUCGACUCGGACUACUACUCGUGGCCGAGUCAGGAGGCAGCUGGGAAAGUCUUGGAGUUUUUGAACCAUUACCUCAAGACUGAAGCCUGUCCUGCUCCCGAGCGAGUGGGAAUACAGAUGCGCCUCGGGAAUCAAAGGUGGAAUUGGCGCAAGGAGCCAAAUUGGCCGGUUCCAGGCACGGAAUACAUCAAAUGGCAUUUCCGUCAUGAACAAUCUCUCGCAACUACUCCACCAGCGUUGGGGUCAUCCGAUGCCAGGUUUUCCUACUCCGCACAGAAGCGCCUUACAGGCGACAACGGAGUCAGUUUCCAAUCCUUGCCCUUCGAAGAAGAUGUCGAGAUGGCAGGCCAUCUUGCAGCAACGUUGUGCAUUUCGUCGACAGCCCCGGAUGCAGACGUUGUCGUCCUUGCCUGGGCUAUUGAUGAACAUGGCCGUGCUGUUGCUUAUGGGGCAAAUAGUAAUGAGCCAGAGCCGCUGGCAAAGGGCUUCUUGCGCGUCAGUCAUCGGAAGACCAACCCAGAACAAUCCUUGCCCUGGAGACCAUGGUAUACCCACCUACAGAAUGACCUGAUGCCGCUCCAGGGACCGGGUGAUGUGGUGGAAAUCACCGUGGAAAUUAUGCCUGCUGCUCGUGUCCGUAAGGGCUGGAUCCUACGCGUGGACAUAUGCCCAUCUGAAAAUCAGCCAAACAUUCCGGAGUACAAUGGCCCUUCGAUGAGGCUCUGGUACGGUGAGACCCAUAGUCAGAGUACUCUUGAUACCCUCCAUGUGGGUGGCAAACGAACAAAAUUUAUCAUGUGCCCUGUUGUGCCACGCAGUGAGGACUACCCGGGAUGUAUAACCUAG